UCAAUCCCAUAAAUAUCUUUUUAAAAGCAUUUGGGAUCUAAACAUGCAACCCACGUCCUUCCUUCAUUCUUUGUUUCUUUCUUUCUCAUCGGCAUGCAAUAUUGAUAUUGAAGAAGCUGAUAUUUUGAUUCUCUUCUAUUCAUAAGCCUUUUGUUCAAAGUUGCAAUGACAUCAGCGAGAUCCAACUGGUGGUACUGUUGUUCGGGCUGCGCAAACAAGCUUGCUCCUUUUAGUGGUCUCUUUAAGGAACUUCUUUCGCAUCGCACUCCGGAAAGUCGUCUCCUCCUCAUUCGGGGCAACGGUGGAUUGACGAAUGUGAACUUUCAAGGAAAAGAGUCGAUUAAUCAAGUUCCAACUUGCGUUACACCUGCUCAGCUUCAAGAUGAAUGUUGGAUGGCUCAAACGAAUCUGACCAAUAUCCACUGUUCUAAUUGUGAUACUCAUGUUGGAUGGAAAAUUAUUAAUGAGCUCAGCAAUCACCCAAUAGUCCGUCCAGGCCAAUACAUACUGCGGAUUGAUUCUGAGAAUGAGAUUAUUUACUGGGAGAGGCCCAGGCCACGAUGAACCUGAUUGAAGGAGAAAUAUGGCUGAUGGAUGUUGCUAGGUACCAAAUCCAAAUGGGAUCGAUGCUACUGUUGACAAGUACCAUUACAAUUGAUUCCAUUCAUUUCAUUUGUUUUCCUAUAGAAUUCUUCUACUCAAUGUUUAUCAAGUUCUCCAUAAUUCCUAUAGAUGAUAUAGAAGGAAAUCAAUCAUCCAACCAGACCAGAAGAUAAUCUCUAAGCACAACACCCAAUAUAGAAACAAAUCAAUCUUCCACUCCAGUCACUCUAAUCCCAUGAUUAAUUACAACCUAACAAUUACCUUGGACCAUAAAUCAGUUAGAGACAUACAUCCAUGGUAAUUAUGAAAUUCCAUAUUCAAGAAUAGGCACAAAUAUCUCUUCCUAGUAAUUGUACUGUAUCAAUUCCAGCUUUACAUUCCUUUAUUUUUUUCUAUGUAAUACCAAUUCAUUAUUUUAUAAAAAUGCUAAGUCUGAAACUUCCUAAUGUAAUAGAGCAGUCGUUUGUUUGAAAUAUGACUACUAGUGAUGAACUAUGUCUAAUCAUUCAA